UCCUGACUGCAGACAGAAUUCAGCCCAACGUCAGUAUGAGCUAACAGACCUCAGACCUUCCAUUCACAGAGGGUGAAACGGCUCACAGAUUUUAGUUUCUUUUUAAACUGCGCUGGAGAAGUACUGCUUACAAUUCCUACACGUUUGUCAGAAGCUUAGAGACAGGCGUGCACAUGGCAAACAAAAAGAAAAAAAUACUAUCCUGGCUAAAAUCCCCCAAAAAGUCUGAAUCGUAUCAUCUUCUCCCAGAGGAAUUACCAAAAAACAAUCAGGCGAUGAAACAGCUGGGAGAAGAAUUUAAGAAGAUAUGUGCAGAGAUCAUAGGAAGAAGACACUAUAAGAAAAACUAUACUACAAAGGUCUACGUUGAUCAGGAGGCAUCGCCAGAAACUUUCUCGGAGCUUAUGAGCAAGAAGCUGUAUCGUGAAGCUUGUACUUUAAUUUCGAGGCUAGAGCAAACAGCCGUUGAAACCACAGUUAAAAUGUACCAAGAACUAGCUUUUGACAUGUGGGAGACUGUAAAGAAGGCUCUGAACGGUGAUCAAAGUCUAUGUGUACAUCUAAAAUCAGUGGCUGACUGUUUACAAUGGGCGAAAGAGGAAAGCGACCAUGAAGAUGCUCAUUGGAGUCCUAAAUCUUGGGACAACACAUUGGAAGAGCUAAUUAGUAAGCACAUCCGAGAACAGGUCUUAACUCAUGAAUACAAGAGGAAAGCUAAAAUGAACCUCAAAAGACACUUAGAAAUACUGGAGGACAAUACUUUAAGGAACAUAGACAAACAUAAAUCUCUUCUUGGAGACCUGUUUAUUGUAUAUUUGGAAUGCCUGUCUGUUUGUAUGGUACACCAUCUGUCAUCACUGGCAAAGGAAGACUUAAAUCACGAAGAAUCUGUGCUUCUGUAUAGAUGGGGAAUUGAAGAACAUUGGAGGCAAUUGUUCUGUCUGAAAGAAUCUAAUGCUUUUGAUGCCUUGUUUAAUAAAUGGUUGAAUGACACUGCAAGUAAGAUUAUAUCCACUGGAAAGAAAACCAUUUAUACAGCGCGACGUGAGAUGCUUGAGGAGGAAAUGAAAUGGAAUAUACAACAAGAGCCUGGACCGGAAUGUAACUUUAAUGGCCUAUUGAAGGAAGCAAUUGAUGUACUCAAGGCCGUUGAAGAUCUUGGUGAUAAAUUAGUAUCGGAUGUUCGAGAAGUAUUUUUGGAUGAAGUUCUACAGUUUUUGAGACGCUAUAAUACGUUUUUGGAAGCAAAGGUUGAACGAAGCGAUUCUGGAAAAAAAUUGUGCGUGCCUCUACGGAUUGUAAAAAAUUGCCAGAUUUUGAGGAAUACACUUGAGGAUGUAGGAGACACACUUCGAGUCAAGCCUACUCUGUACUUAGAAAUAAUAAAUAUUAUUCAUGAAAUUGAGGAUCGCGGAAUCAAACUCUUCUCCGCCACCUUGAAAUUAACAUUCAAGAAACCUUUUAAAAACUACUUUACUGAUAACAGCCAAUUUAAAGAUGUCCUUCAGGAACUUCAAAACAGCAUCGAACAUGCGGGAAUACAAAAUAACAAGAUUGUUAUCAAGACCGAGCUGUGUGUGAUUGUUGGAUUGUACAUUCAAGCCUUUUUUAACUACUCAAACAAAAUAGAAGGCUCGAGUAAAGCUGAAGCGUUUAUGAAUGGAAGUAAACCUUUGCAGAAUUUCUUCCAAAGCUUAGUGUCAGACGAGGUGAAGAGGAAGGAUCCUUUGCAAUAUAUCAUAAAUAUACUCAAUUCUCAAGAUAGUAAGUCUUUAGAAACAACCAUCGCUUUCUUCAGUAACGACCAUCAAGACUUAAGGGAAGAACAUCUGAAUGCUAUUCUAAAAAUUAAAGGAAACAUUAGCUUUACAGAAAAGAAAAGACUUGUGUAUUUCAUAAAACACAGAAAAUCUGAUCAUCAAGAAGACAAACUCUUUUUCUUCCGUGAUAUCAAGGUGAAGCCAUUUUGUCCAUGGUGCUGUGUCAGCUGAAGUCCGAUGUCCGAUAAAUACACAGAAAUUAUGGCUGUAUAUCCAUCAACUCUCCGAAACGUGGAAUUAAAAUUCAGGAACAAAGACUUUCAAAGAUCAUUUACAGAACAUCGCAAGCCAUUGUAUAUUUAUUUAAUAGGAUUCUUCACCAACGCGAGGAUUCAAAGUGAAUUUCAAAUUUAAGGUCAAAAUAGACGAAAUGGAAAAAUUCAGCUAUGCAGAAUCAGCUAUCCUUAAAUUUGAAAUCGCUGUUAAUUUGCUUAGAAUCCCCACUUUAACAAAUAACCUUGUAUGUAUUACUUUAUUUAUAUUUGUGAUAAGGAAACAAAUAAUCUGCUUCACAGUAAGACCUGGCGUUUCUUACCAUUGUAAAUUGCCAAAAUGUAAAUAAAAUGUAUAAUUUA